UUGAUGCUGCGAAGAUGGACCUUGGAGCGCGUCUUGCGCAGUCCGUCCAGAGUAACCUGGACCAAACCGACCGUACAAACAAACCGACUGUUGAGAUGUUUUCACCAUCGUGCAUCCAAUCCUAGAAAGAGCAUCAUCGCGCAGCAUCACCGGAACCAUCCGCGACCGCGCACUCUAACCACCGCGGCCAUCCCGACUAUCUUAGUUCCUCCAGUCAUAUUUGUCGGACUGUUGGUGUCUCUAUGGGCCUGGAAAUGCUUCUGGAUCAUUGCCCUGCAAAACAAGCUCUUGUACCUUUCAUGGUUGCCACCGUUUUCCCGCUCCGAUGAGAUUGCCAGCUACGAGACCGAAUGUAGGCCUGUGCAAUGGGAGAAGAAGCAGAUUCGGAGCCUUGAUGGCACCAAACUGGCCGUAUGUGAAGGCCACAUCCCACACCGUGGCCAAAGCCAAAGAACGACCAAGGCGAGAAAACAAUCCGUCGUCAUCUGCUACUUCCAAGGUAACAGCGGAUCAACUCCUCUGCGUCUGCCACUUCUCUCCCAGUUCUUGCGGGCGGUCACUGCAUCAUCACAGCAAUCCUUAUCCAAUGUGGACUACACCAUAGCCGCCUUGUCGUAUCGGGGUUAUUGGACUUCCUCUGGCCGCGCGACGGAGUCGGGCAUCAAGCUAGACACCCAAGCGUUCUUGGACUGGGUGUCAGAAACCUAUUCGGCGCCUGAUACAGACCUUGAAAUCAUUCUCUGGGGCCACAGUCUGGGCUCUGCCGUUGCAAGUGAUGCUGUUUCCACGUAUCUCUCGCGUCACAAGGUCGACCACGCUUCAAAACCAAGAAACAGUAGCUCGGCACAAAUAACCGGGUUGAUUAUGGAGGCACCAACGUCCAACAUCAAGGACAUGCUAAUCAGUCUCUAUCCUCAGAAGUGGCUACCGUAUCGAUAUCUGUGGCCUUUUUCGUGGAAUAACUGGUGCAAUGCGACGGCCUUGGAGCGUUUGGCCGUUCUUCGUGAUCAGAAUAAGCAUCAAAUGAGUACCGAAGCCACAAGCUCAACAUCAUCUGUUCCUCCAAUACUUAUAGUCUCUGCUGAAAAGGAUGAGGUGAUUCCGCCAUAUGUGGCCGGUCAAUUGGAGGACAAGGCAAACAGUCUUGGACUAGACAUUGAGAGGAAAGAUGUACUCGGGGCGAUGCAUACAGAAGCACCGAUGAAGAUGGAGGGCAGGAAUGCAAUGGUGGAUUUUAUUAAGAUAGUAUCAUCCACUGGAAAGAAUGUUCAAUAG